AAUCUGUAAUAACUGGCGAGGGUGAAUUGUGAACAAGACGUAAAUCCCCCUAAACCCAAAAUUAUCUUAAAACCCUAAUUUUUUCCCCUCUCGUGCUGCUACCCUGUCCGUACAAUAAUGGCGUCGCCUUCCUUGGACGAGGAAACAGCGAAGGAAGUCCUUAGACAGGUAGAGUUUUACUUCAGUGAUAGCAAUCUUCCAACGGACCGUUUCCUGAUAAGGACAAUCAAUGAGGGCGAAGAUGGCAUGGUUAGUUUGGCUUUGAUAUGCUCGUUUAGUCGGAUGAAGAAUCAUCUAAGAUUGGCCAAUGUGAAACCCGACGAGGUGCCUGGAGGUGUCGUGCAAGCUGUUGCUGAAACUCUGAGGAAAUCAACCAUUCUGAAAGUCUCUGAAGAUGGAAAGAAAGUAGGGAGGAUUAACGCGUUGUUGAAACCAGAAGAGUUGGUGGAGCGGUUGGACAACAGAACAAUUGCUGCAUCACCACUUGAGUAUCAAGUUAAGAGGGAAGAUGUGGAGUCUUUUUUCGGUCAAUAUGCCAAGGUUAACAGUGUGUGGAUGCCUCGUCAUGUAGCUGACAGAAGAGUAUUUUGUGGCACUGCUUUGAUUGAGUUCUCAACAGAGGAAGAAGCUGAGAAGGUUCUGAAGCUAAGUUUAGCUCUUGCAGGAGUACAGCUGGUGUUAAAACCAAAGAAGGAUUUUGAUGCAGAAAGAGCUGAACUAUCAGGGAAAUUGGAAAAUUUAAAUCCCACAGUUUCAAAUCCUGACAACAAUUUGGAUGCAGAUGCCAGUCCUGAUGUUUUUGGCUACCCAAAAGGUGUAGUUGUCGCAUUUACAUUGAAAAGCUUUUUAGCGGGGGACUCUAUGACACAUAAUGGUACUCACGACUUGGUCAAAGAAAGCGCAAAUGGUUGCAAAAUAGACGGAGAUAUGAAUUCUUCAGAGAUCUCUACUACUAAGACAAAUGAUGAGUUUUCUGAAAAUGCGAAAGCUGGUGAAGGAAACCCUGCUGGCAAUAUUAAAGAGAAUAAAGAGGUAGACGAAGAAAAUAAGUCGGCAAAUAAACGUGUUGAGGGUGAAGAGGGAGAGAAAUUGUCUGAAGGUCUCAAGGAAAAGAGUGAAGAGAAAGAUGAAAAACAAACUCCUAAAUCUUGCAAAGACAACAAGAAUGUGGUUUUGCGCGAGGAUCUCAAGGAAGUUUUUCAGAAGUAUGGAACUGUCAAGUUCAUUGAUUUCACGAUGGGAGCAGAGUCGGGUUAUGUCAGAUUUGAACAAACUGAAGAAGCACAGAAAGCUCGUGCAGCUGGAGUCCUAUCUGAAGAAGGAGGUCUUGUUGUGAAGAAUUUCAUUGCCACUUUAGAACCAGUAACUGGUGAGGCUGAAAAGGAGUACUGGAGCCGAGUUCGACAGGAAUUCAAGGGCAACCGAGGGAGGGGAAGAAAUCCCAGCAGGGGUUGGAAAAAUCGCCAAAAUCGCCGGACAAGAGAGAAUGAUUAUUCGUCGGGCCGCUUGAACAAAGCUCAAAAAGUUUGAGCAGAAAUCAUGGCAACGUCAUUCAGUUUUGAGAUCAAUUUUUGUGCAGCGCAAUUGGAGAAUGAAACCUUAUGCUGAUCGAUCGCCUGGUGACUUAUGAACUGUACUUUAUUCUUCAUAAGAUUAACAAAAAAGUUUGCUGAAUAACUGGAACUUUUCUUUAGUGAUUUUAACUUUUGUUUUUUAAAUUUAUUUAUAUUUCCUAGA